CUUAAACGGUCAUAACUCGAACAAAUUCAGGACGAACAUGGCUGGUAUUGAAGUCGCAGGUAUUAUCCUCGGCAGUAUACCUCUUGCCAUUAGUGCGCUCGAGCACUAUGCUGAGGGAGUUUCGGUUAUAAAGAGCAUGAAACAAUGGGAAUACGAAUUUCUCGACGCGGAAAAACUCCUCCUUCUGAAUGUUACUAUCUUCAAACAAUCCUGCGAAGAGCUGUUGAGAGGACUCCAACUGCCAGAUGACCAGUUUCGAGAUCUAGUAGAGCACCACAAAGGGUGGGACGAUGGUGAACUGAUACAAAGGUUACGUCUUCAUAUGGGUAGCAGAAACUAUGCCGUAUACGAAGCAUCGGUGUCAUAUCUGGAUAGAAGGCUCGCGCGACUGCGGAAGAAGCUGUUGCUCAGGGAUGAUUUCACUGCCCCGUUCGUUGUUAAUGGAGUUGUCGAUGAGAGGUCCCGCAAGAAGUUUUUCAAAAAAUCAUGGUUGCGUAUCAAGGGCGGCUUUGAAGCCGGCCGUGGGGAGUACAAGGAGCUGUUGGCGGAAAUUGGUGACGUCAUUGAGAAAAUCGACCGGUUAACAACGGGAGCCCUCAACACCUCGGACGACAUUCGCUCGAAGCAAGCUUACCGUCCGGCAACCUCCAAGUACUGGCUGGCCAUACGCAAUCAUACUCAAGGACUGUAUAAGGCCUUGUACUCGAUUUGGGCUGGCAAUUGCACUGCUCCACAUCCACACCGUGCGAAACUUCGCCUGGAAAUACCUAAAGCCCACGAGCCCGAACGUCCUCUAUUUGGCCUGUCUUUCUUGCUGGGAGACAGACCUGUCAAUGGCCGAUGCUUAUCUCCUGAGAAAUGGCGUGAUGUGAAGGUUCUGUCUUUGGAGACAGAGGUACUUGUUCCUCUGCCACAAACUCAGUCCUAUCCUUCCCAAAAAGACAAGAGAGCAGUACGCUUUGCGCCGGCUAUUGUCAUACAACCUGCCACUUUGCCUAUCGCUGCACCUACGUCAAAUCUCUGUACGUGUAGAAAUGAGAUAAGCAACUUAUGUACAACUCUGAAUGGCAAGACGUCUGUGGGAGCACAGAACAACUACUCCGGUCCGUGUCUGGGAUUCCUUUCUGAUUCCAAACGGCAUUAUCAUCUCUACAGUGCGACCGGGCAUGCAAAUGAAUUGAUUCCUCUUCAAGACGUUCUCUACCGCAAAGCUGGGAAAGACAUUGCUACCAAACAAAAGUGCAUGCUCGCUUUUGCUUUAGCCGCAACAGUACUACAGCUCUGCGAGACGCCAUGGCUCCCCGAAGACUGGCAACUGAACGAGCUUUACCUUGACGACAGGGCAGAAGAGCAACAGCUAUACAUCUUAAAGACAUUUGAUCCUGCUACUACCUGCCAAAUGCAUCCCAGUAAGCGGCGUAUGCGAUCGAUAAUCAGAAACGAGACCCUAUUCGCGCUUGGCGUCGCCCUCCUGGAGCUCGCAUACGGCCAGCCGCUCUCGUCAUUCCAGACAGAUGAUGAUCUCAAUGCGGACAAGAAGGAAGACGAGCUUACCCGUUGCAGCAUCGCGCUGCGGCUCGUCGAGAACGUGCAGAAGCGGGAGCUCAAACGGUUUGCGCGGGCUGUUAGCAAGUGCAUCACUCCUGAUACGGAUUCUGGAUUCGACCUCAGGGAUGAUGGCUUCCGCAACCGAUUCUACCAGGAUGUUGUGCUACCGCUGCAAGAAGACUACGAGACGUUGUUUUGAGAAAUGUUAUUGGUGGAGCUUUGAGCCGGGCUUCGUGGUACUCGAUAUAACAGACGAUGUUGUGGACCUGUAUAUUUGCAUUCUCCUCG